UGUAAACAUACAUAGCCCUUCUUACAUACAAACUUUCAUUUGCAACACUACUCUAAGUGUUCUUACACAUCCCAACAAAAUCUCGAACAUCAUUCUCACAACAUUACAAACCCAAUGUCUUCCCCAAUCGAAGAAUUAUACAGCGGUAUCGUGAGAAAAAUUAUCAAACUUCCACAGAACAUACUCGGCGAAGUCUCCCGCGCUAUGAACCACGGAAAAACCCUAAUCGGAUUCGGAAACAAUCAUCAUCAUCAACAAAUCUCCCACGCGCAACAAUUCCCGACUCAAGAUCCGUCCGCGGCCGCAAUUUUUCCGCAAAUUCAAGAAGAAUGGGCUUUUCUAGCCACGUUCGAGCCACAUUACGGCAAUUCACACCCUUUCUUCUACGCGUGUAGGUUUUCCGACGCGUUGAGAAUAGCUCGGGACGAGCGCAAGCUCGUGUUCAUGUACAUCCACUCCCCGGAAAACCCUUACACGCCGUGUUUCUGUCGAGACACCCUUUGCGCCGAGGUUGUAAUGCAAUUUCUCGACGUGAAUUUUGUUUGUUGGGGCGGGCUUGCGAGCCGAGGCGAUGGCCGGCAUUUGGCCACAGCGUUACGGGCUUCGAUGUCUCCGUUUUGCGCGGUUGUGGCCCCGGUUGCCGGGGAUAAUCUAGAGAUUCUGCAACAGAUAGAAGGUCCCGUCUCGCCGGCCGAGCUGGUGGAGAUUUUGCAACGGACGAUGGAGGAACAAGGCCCGGCUUUUGGGAGCGAGCGGGCAAACCGGGACACGACGAGACGGGAGGAUCGACGGCUUAGAGAAGAACAAGAUGCUGCUUACAAACAAGCACUCCAAAUAGAUCAGUCGAAAGAAAGGUUCAAGAAGAAUACAAAUUCCCGGGAUAGUGCUCGAGAGCCUCGAAAACCUAAAGAAGGCGCAAGCGCCGGAGCUUCUCAAAGAGCCCGAGAAAAAGGCGAAGAAACUCAGAUUUUGAUUCGAUUUCCGAAUGGGGAGAGAAGGGAGCAAAGCUUCUUGAGCACAAAUAAGAUUCGGGCGAUCUACAAAUAUAUCGAUGAUUUAUUGAUCCCCGGAGUCGGGAGCUACCGUUUAAUCUCAAACUUCCCUCGAAAAGUCUAUGGCGCCGAUCACAUGGAAAUGAGUCUUAAAGACGCGGGCCUAAAUGCGAAAGCUAGCCUUUUCUUGGAACCCCUUUGAUGUUAGAAUUUAGGUUUUUUAGGGUUGUUUGGAAAUGUUAAGCGUGAAAAGAUUUUAUGUAAUGGGUAAAUUAUAUAACACUCUCUUGUACUUUAGUAAAAAUGCACAAAACAUCUUGUGUUUUAUUUAUUGCGCAAAAUCCCCUUGUGUUGUUGUAAAAUUUGCACGAAACACCCUCCUUGUCCAACAUUGAUGUUU